ACCUGGUCUGUGCAUUACCAAAAAAAAAAAGUUUAUCAAGCAUCCCAACCUUGAAAUUUCUAAAUUGACGAAACUUCACGUUGACCACAAUCCGAAACACCGCACCUUUCCAUCGUCGUCUACACCCAACGUACGAUCCUCACAUUAAUCAGACAAGAUGACGAAGCGCACAAAGAAGGUCGGUGUUACCGGCAAGUACGGUACUAGAUACGGUGCCUCGCUCCGAAAGCAAGUCAAGAAGAUGGAAAUCACUCAACACGCCAAGUAUAACUGCACUUUCUGCGGAAAGGUCACCGUCAAGCGUCACUCCGUCGGUAUCUGGAACUGCAAGGCCUGUGGAAAGACCGUUGCUGGAGGCGCCUACACCGUAUCAACUGCCGCCGCCGCUGCCAUGCGAUCAACGUUGCGACGAUUGAGGGAAAUCCAGGAGGUUUAAGCGCAUGGUGAUAAGGAGGGACGGUUAUUUUCUUUGCAUUUGGCUUCGGUGUACAGGAAAACGGAAUUUUUCUAACGCAAACCAUGGAGGGUCAUGACGACGAUCGAUGAGUUCCUCGGUCAGCAUCAAUUUAAGAUUGCCUAUGGACCAUCGAUCACAACCAAAUGCCAACAAGAAUUACAUGAACAAACAUUUCCGGGUUCUUGGUGUCAUACCAUACGACCCGACUUUAUAUCGUGCCUCUUUUUAUUGUGAAACCUGCUUUUUAAUGCCGAUUAGUGUACCUGUCUCUUAGGUAU